AUGGAUCAACUGUAUACAUUUGACUCGCCAUCGAUGACGAGUCAUUCCCCAAUGAUUAACUAUAGAAAAGAUGCUAAGAAGGGGGUUAAAUUUACAUUUAUGGUCGUUGGAGAGAUGGGUACAGGGAAAACAACAUUUGUCAAUAGUUUGUUGAACAAGAAGGUGAUGUCGCAUCGUUAUGAAGAUAAUAAUGGAGAGCAGUAUGAUACCAAGACUUUGGCGUUUACUUCAGCCAAAUCUAUUGCAUUGCCCAAUACAGCCGUGUUGACAAGAAAUGAUUUCAAUCCUUCGAGUGCUAACGAAGAACCUGGGAUCGCGUUGACAGAGACAAAGGUCGAGAUAGUUGAUGACGAUAACAUGAAAUUGUACUUGAAUAUUAUUGAUACACCAGGGUUUGGAGAAAAUUUGAAUAAUGAAAUAUGUUUUGUUGAGAUCGAGAAUUAUUUGAAGCAACAGUUUGAUUUGGUAUUGGCAGAGGAAACUAGAAUCAGAAGAAAUCCAAGAUUUGUAGACACAAGAGUCCAUGUAAUGCUUUACUUUAUUACUGCCACUGGACAUGGGUUAAGAGAAAUUGACAUAAGCUGUAUGAAAAGGUUAUCGAAAUAUGUCAAUAUUUUACCAGUUAUUAGCAAGGCCGAUACGUUUACUGAGGCUGAAUUGAGACACUUCAAACAGCAGGUUAAGGUUGAUAUUGAAAAAUUCAAUGUUCCUAUUUUCCAGUUCGACAAUUCCUUAUCUGAAUACGACGAAGAAGAGGAUUACGACUUGAUACAAGAAUGCAAGUAUUUGUCGUCAUUGCAACCUUUUGCAGUAAUAUCAUCUGAAGAUGAGUAUGAAAUCACAGAUCCUAAGACUGGAGAAUCGAAAAUUACGAAAGCCAGACAAUACCCAUGGGGUUUGGUAGAUAUAAAUAAUCCAAAAUACAGUGACUUUACAACUUUAAAAUCGGUCCUUUUGGGAACUCACUUACAGGAUUUUAAGGACUUGACCCACGAUUUCUUAUAUGAGACUUAUAGAACCGAAAGAUUAUCUAAGGUCACCGGAAGAAUUGACGAUGAUGACGAUGACCGAGAAUUCCAUGAAAGUUACGAAGAACAACCUUAUGAUGAGUCUUUCCUGAAGGACAGCACUACUAUUCCAUCAUUAUCUAAUUUGGCUCAAUUAACAUCCUCGAAUCCAUUAAAUGGCUUUGGUGAUAACCAUUCCAUUAAUUCUACUUCCUCAUCAAAGGUUAAUAAAUCUAUGUUAUUAGACGGAGCAGAGGAAUCUAGUGAAAUGCCAUCGCCUAAGUUAAGAGACAAUGCAUCCACGUCGUCGAGAUCCACCAUAUCUCUCGAAAAUGCCCCACAAACCAGAAACUUAAACUCAAAUAAUGCUGCUUUCAAGAGAUUGUCAAUAGCACCACAACGUAACCAAUUAAGACAAAUUUCGGAAACUGUCCCAUACGUUAUAAGACACGAAAGAAUCUUAGAAAGACAACAGAAGUUAGAAGAAAUGGAAAUGGCUAGUGCGAAGGAAUUGUCCUCCAGAGCUGCAUUAUUGGAGCAAAAAGCUGCAGCCUUGAAGGCGAAGGAAAGAUUGAUGAUGAAGAAAUUAGAGGCAGAAAGAUUAAGACAAGCUGGCGGAGAUGCCAGUGAUGCUGCUUCUCAAAGAUCUCAACAAUACCACUACAACAAUGAACAUGAAUUUAAUAACAGCGACGCUAAUUAUUCUGUAAUUCAGAAAGAAGAAACGUUGACUGAUUUACAUUCAAUUGUAAGUCAAAAAUAG